AUGGCAAGAAUGCAAUCUCCCCUUGAUUGCCUUCUCCUUUGUAUUGUCAUCUGUUGUCUGGUUCUCAGCUGCCAUGGAACGUCGGACCGAGAUCGAAAGGUUUAUAUUGUGUACAUGGGGGAACUUCCAAAGGGUGAAUUUAGUGCAUCAACUCUUCAUAUCAAUAUGUUACAAGAAAUUGUUGGAAGUGCUGCAUCAGAUUACUUGCUCCACAGCUACCACAGAAGCUUCAAUGGUUUUGUUGCUAAGCUGACAGAAGAGGAAAAGCAGAAAGUGGCUGGUAUGCAAGGUGUAGUAUCAGUAUUUCCAAGUCAAAAGAAGAAACUACACACAACUAAAUCAUGGGAUUUUAUGGGGUUCCCUGUCAAUUCUGUAAGAUCGUCCGGCGAAAGUGACAUGAUCAUUGGAAUGCUUGACACCGGAAUCUGGCCCGAAUCACAAAGUUUUAAUGAUUCAGGUUACGGUCCGAUUCCAACAAAAUGGAAAGGAAAAUGCCAAGCUUCCUCCAAUUUCACUUGCAAUAACAAAAUAGUUGGAGCAAGGUACUACCAUAGUGAUGGAGAGAUAGAUCCUGAUGUUGAAUUUCCAUCUCCAAGAGAUUCAGAAGGACAUGGUACUCACACUGCAUCCACAGCAGCAGGAGAUUUAGUUAGCUCAGCAAGUCUGCUUGGCCUCGGCUUGGGUACUGCUCGAGGAGGAGUUCCAUCGGCUCGUAUUGCCGUUUACAAGAUAUGCUGGAGCGAUGGAUGUUCUGAUGCUGACAUUCUCGCAGCAUUUGACGAUGCAAUUGCCGACGGAGUCGAUGUAAUCUCGCUUUCGGUCGGAGGAUGGCCGACGGAUUAUUUCGAGGAUUCGAUCGCUAUCGGAGCUUUUCAUUCGAUGAAGAAUGGGAUACUUACUUCUAAUUCUGCUGGUAAUUCAGGGCCUGACCCUGGUUCAGUCUCUAAUUGUUCACCUUGGUCUCUUUCUGUGGCUGCUAGCACCAUUGACAGGAAGUUUAUGACUCCUGUUAAACUUGGCAAUGGAGCAGUAUAUCAGGGAAAUUCCAUAAAUGCUUUUGAACAGGGAAACACCAUGUAUCCAAUCAUCUUUUCUGCAAAUGCUGUAAACCAGACAGCAGGACAUAAUACUGAUUCCAGGUACUGCAGUCCAGAAUCCUUGAACCAGACUUUGGUUAAAGGAAAAAUUGUUGUUUGCGAUGGUUUCGACGAAGAGGGUGCUAUAGCUCUUGGUAUAGCUGGCAUAGUAGCGCCCGACGGAUCAUAUACAGAUGUGGGUUUCACUUUUGCUUUACCAGUUUCAUUAGUAAGCUCUGACAAUGAAACUGAUGUCAUAAAAUACAUGAACUCGACCAGUGAACCAACUGCCAUGAUUUUCAAGAGUGUUGAACAAAAAGAUGAACUGGCUCCAUAUGUUGUUUCCUUUUCUUCAAGAGGACCUAGUCCAAUUACAAGUGACAUUCUCAAGCCUGACCUGACAGCCCCUGGAGUCGACAUUUUAGCAGCAUGGUCUGAAGCAACUACUGUGACAGGGGUGGAAGGCGAUACAAGAGUAGUUCCAUACAAUAUAAUCUCCGGAACAUCCAUGUCUUGCCCACAUGCCUCCGGUGCUGCUGCUUACGUCAAGUCAUUUCAUCCGACAUGGUCUCCUGCUGCAAUUAAAUCUGCUUUAAUGACAACAGCUUACCCGAUGAGUCAGGACACAAACACCGAUCAAGAGUUAGCUUAUGGAUCAGGCCAUAUCAAUCCUGUAAAUGCCAUAAAUCCUGGACUAAUAUAUGAUGCUGGAGAAAUUGAUUUUGUUAAAUUUUUGUGCGGACAAGGAUACAAUGCUACACAACUGCAACUUGUUACAGGAGACAAAAGCGCAUGUUCUGCAGCCAUAAAUGGAACUGCUUGGGAUUUAAAUUACCCUUCUUUUGCUCUUUCUAUGUCAUCAUCAGGAAAAUCUGUAACUCGCGUCUAUCACAGAACUGUCACAAAUGUUGGAAAUACAUCAACAACUUAUACAUCAAAUAUAGGAUCUCCUGCAGGACUUAAAAUAGUAGUUGAGCCAAAUGUUCUUAGCUUCCAGUCUCUCGGUGAAAAGCAAUCUUUUGUUCUGACAGUUGAAGCAACAUUGCCUGAUAUAGAUACAAUUUUAUCUGGCCAAUUGAUUUGGAGUAACAACGUCCAUCAAGUGAGAAGUCCGAUAGUCGCAUUUGCUUCAGAUUCUGAACCUGGCGAACCAUAGUCUGGAAUUCUCAUUUCUUUCAGCUUGAAAUAAAAUCACUCAGAAUUGUCAAAAAUAAUAACAAUAAUAACAACUCAGUAAUAAGUGAUGUAUUUUGUUAAAUGAAGUAAUGUUGGCAUCAAA